CGGGUCGCCGGAGGUGAAGCGCCGGAGGAUGGCGGCGCCGGGACGGGGGCCUCCGCCGCGACUGCUCGCGCUCACGUUGCUGCUGGCGCUGGGCCCCAUCGCGGCAGCGGCCAAGCUCAACAUACCCAAAGUGCUGUUACCCUUCACGCGGGCCACGCGCGUGAACUUCACCCUGGAGGCCUCUGAAGGUUGCUACCGCUGGUCAUCCACUCGGCCGGAGGUGGCUAGCAUAGAGCCGCUGGGCUCCGACGAGCACCAGUGCUCCCGGAAGGCAGUGGUGCAGGCCCGCCUGACCCAGCCUGCCCGCCUGACCAGCAUCAUCUUCGCAGAGGACGUCACCACGGGGCAGGUGCUGCGCUGCGAUGCCAUCGUGGAUCUCAUCCAUGGCAUUCAGAUCGUCUCUACUACCCGCGAGCUCUACCUCGAAGACUCCCCUCUGGAGCUGAAGAUUCAGGCCCUGGAUUCAGAAGGAAACACCUUCAGCACCCUGGCAGGGCUGGUCUUUGACUGGACGAUCGUGAAGGACACAGAGGCAAAUGGGUUCUCGGACUCUCACAACGCACUGCGAAUCCUGACGUUCUUGGAGUCCACAUACAUUCCCCCUUCUUACAUCUCGGAGAUGGAGAAGGCAGCCAAGCAGGGCGACACCAUCUUGGUGGCUGGGAUGAAGACGGGGAGCUCCAAGCUUAAGGCUCGUAUCCAGGAGGCCGUGUACAAGAAUGUGCACCCUGCUGAAGUCAGGCUGCUGAUUCUGGAGAACAUCCUUCUGAACCCAGCUUAUGACGUCUACCUGAUGGUUGGGACCUCCAUACGCUAUAGAGUGCAGAAGAUCAGGCAAGGAAAGAUUACAGAACUCUCCAUGCCUUCUGAUCAGUAUGAGCUGCAGCUUCAGAACAGCAUCCCCAGCCCCGAAGGAGACCCUGCCCGGCCCGUGGCUGUGUUGGCUCAGGACACGUCACUGGUCACUGCGGUGCAGCUGGGACAGAGCAGCCUGGUCCUUGGCCACAGGAGUAUCCGCAUGCAGGGGGCUUCCCGGUUACCCAAUAGCACUAUCUACGUGGUGGAACCUGGAUAUCUUGGAUUCACAGUGCAUCCAGGUGACAGGUGGGUGUUGGAGACUGGCCGCUUGUAUGAAAUCACCAUCGAAGUGUUUGAUAAGUCCAGUAACAAGGUCUACUUGUCGGAUAACAUCCGGAUUGAAGCUGUGUUGCCUCCUGAGUUCUUCGAGGUGCUCUCGUCAUCCCAGAAUGGCUCUCACCAUCACAUUAGGGCCAUUAGCAAGGGCCAGACAGCCAUCAACGCAGCUCUCACUUCAGUGGUGGACCAGGACGGAGGGGUGCACACACUACGAGUGCCUGUGUGGAACCAGCAGGAGGUGGACAUUCACACCCCCAUCACCCUCUACCCCAGCAUCUUGACGUUUCCCUGGCAACCAAAGGCAGGUGCCUAUCAGUACACAAUCAAGGCUCAAGGUGGCAGUGGGAACUUCAGCUGGUCUUCCUCUAUCUCUGAGGUUGCCAUGGUCACUGUCAAGGGUGUGGUGACCACAGGUGGUGACACCGGACUUAGUGUAAUACAGGCACAUGAUGUUCAGAACCCACUACAUUUUGGUGAGAUGAAGGUGUACGUGAUUGAGCCCAGCAGCAUGGAGUUCGUCCCUUGCCAGGUGGAGGCACGAGUAGGCCAGACCCUGGAGCUGCCCCUGAGGAUCAAUGGUCUGGUGCCCGGAGGGACCAGCGAGAUGGUCACCCUGAGCGACUGUUCCCAUUCGGACUUGACAGUGGAGGUGGAGAACCAGGGCGUAUUCCAGCCACUGCCAGGGCGGCUGCCGCCAGGGCCAGAACACUGUAGUGGCAUCCGGGUGCAAGCCGAGACCCAGGGGCACAGCACAAUCUUUGUGAGCUACACACAUGGCCAUGUGCACCUGCGAGCCAAGAUCACAGUCGCCGCCCACCUGCCCCUCAAGGCUGUGGACCCCUCCUCUGUUGCCUUGGUGACCCUGGGUUCCUCAAAGGAGAUGGUGUUCCAAGGAGGCCCCAGACCCUGGGUCCUGGAGCCUUCCAAGUUCUUCAGAAACAUCACAUCUGAGGACCCCAGCAGCAUCAGCCUGGCUCUCUUUGGCCCCCCCGCUUCUCGCAAUUACCAACAACAUCGGAUCCUUGUAACUUGUCGGGUUUUAGGUGAACAGGUCAUCGCCCUCUCUGUGGGGAACAAGCCCAGCCUCACCAACCCCUUCCCUGCCGUGGAGCCAGCUGUGGUGAAGUUUGUGUGCGCCUCUCCAUCCAGGCUUACCCUCAUGCCUGUGUAUGCCAGCCCACAGCUGGACCUGUCCUGUCCACUCUUACAGCAGAACAAGCAGGUGGUGCCUGUCUCCAGCCACCGCAACCCUCUGCUGGACCUGGCUGCCUAUGAUGAGCAGGGCCGCCAGUUUGACAACUUCAGUUCUCUGAGCAUCCAAUGGGAGUCCACGCGGCCAUGGCUGGCCAGCAUCGAGCUUGACCUGCCCAUGCAGCUGGUGUCCCAGGAUGAUGGGAGUGGCCAGAAGAAGCUUCAAGGUUUGCAGACUGUUGUGGUUCAUGAAGCUUCAGGGGCUACCACCAUCUCAGCCACUGCAGCUGGCUACCAGCAGUCCCACCUCAGUGCAGCCAGAGCAAAGCAGCCGCAUGAGUCUCCUGUGCCUGUGUCAGCUUCUCUUGAGCUUAUUCUGGUGGAGGAUGUGAGAGUGAGCCCUGAAGAGAUCACUGUCUACAACCAUCCUCAAGUCCAGGCAGAACUCCACGUCCGAGAAGGCUCUGGCUACUUCUUCCUCAACACAAGCACCCCCGAUGUCAUGGAUGUGGCCUACCAGGAGGCAGGGGGCAUCGCCACGGUACAACCGCUGCUCCCAGGCUCAUCAACUGUCAUGAUCCACGACUUGUGUCUUGCCUUCCCGGCUCCAGCCAAGGCCAUCGUUCAUGUCUCAGACAUUCAUGAACUGUAUGUCCGUGUGGUUGACAAGGUGGAGAUCGGGAAGGCAGUUAAGGCCUACGUCCGUGUGCUGGACUCCUACAAGAAGCCUUUUCUGGCCACAUACUUCACCUUCAUGGACCUGAAGCUUCGAGCGGCCUCCCAGAUUGUCACCCUGGUGGCCCUGGAUGAAGCCCUGGACCAGUACACUGCUACGUUCCUCAUCCAUGGGACAGCCAUUGGACAGACCAGCCUGACCGCCAGCGUAAUUGAUAAAGCUGGACAAAGAAUCAACUCUGCACCUCAACAGAUAGAAGUCUUUCCUCCAUUCAUGCUAAUACCCAGAAAGGUGACACUGAUCAUUGGAGCCACCAUGCAGAUCACCUCUGAGGGCGGCCCCCAGCCUCAGUCCAACAUCCUCUUCUCCAUCAGCAAUGCAAGUGUCGCAACCGUGAGCAACGCUGGGCUCGUGCGUGGCCUUGCCCUCGGCAAUGCCACAGUAUCUGGGGUCGUACAGGCUGUGGAUGCAGAGACUGGCAAGGUCAUCGUUGUCUCUCAGGACCUUGUGGAGGUGGAGGUGCUACAGCUUCGGGCCGUGAGGAUCCGUGCCCCCAUUACACGGAUGAGGACCGGGACUCUGAUGCCUGUGUACAUCACCGGGAUCACCAACAACCAGAACCCUUUCUCCUUUGGCAAUGCUGUGCCAGGACUGACCUUUCACUGGUCCGUCACCAAGCGGGACAUUCUGGACCUCCAAGGGAGGCACCAGGAGGCCUCCAUCCGGCUCCCCUCACAAUACAACUUUGCCAUGAACGUGCUUGGGCGGGUGAAAGGCCGCACAGGGCUAAGGGUGGUGGCCAAGGCCAUGGACCCCACUGCUGGACAGCUGCAUGGCUUCACCCAAGAACUCUCUGAUGAGAUCCAGAUCCAGGUGUUUGAAAAGCUGCGACUGCUGAGCCCUGCAAUAGAAGCAGAGCAAAUACUGAUGUCACCCAACUCCCUUCUAAAGCUGCAGACAAACAGGGACGGCGCAGCCUCUCUGAGCUACCGACUUCUCGAUGGCCCCGAGAAGGCUUCCGUGGUGCAUGUGGACCAGAAGGGCUUCCUGGCGGCGGGCUCUGCCAUUGGGACGUCCACAUUGGAGGUGGUUGCCCAGGAGCCUUUUGGGACCAACCAGACCGUCAUUGUUGCUGUAAAGGUGUCUCCUGUGUCUUACCUGCGCAUUUCCAUGAGCCCUGCCCUGCACACCCAGAACAAGGAGGCCCUAGCGGCCCUGCCUUUGGGAAUGACUGUGACCUUCACUGUCCACUUUCAUGACAACUCUGGUGACGUCUUCCACGCUCAUAAUUCCAUUCUCAACUUUGCCACCAACAGGGAUGACUUUGUGCAAAUUGGAAAGGGUGCCACCAACAACACCUGCAUCAUCCGCACAGUCAGCGUGGGCCUGACGCUGCUCAGUGUGUGGGACUCUGAGCAGCCCGGCCUCUCUGACUUUGUGCCACUGCCUGUUCUGCAAGCCAUCUCUCCCGAGCUGCCCGGAGGCGUGGUGGUUGGGGAUGUCCUCUGCCUCUCCACCGUUCUCACCAGCCUCGAAGGCCUUUCAGGAACCUGGAGCUCUUCAGCCAGCAGCAGCCUUGAUGUUGACUCCAGGACCGGUGUGGCUGUGGCCCGGGAUGUGGGCACUGUGACAGUUUACUACGAGGUGGCCGGCUACCUGAGGACCUACAAGGAGAUUGUCAUUGGGGUCCCUCAAAAGAUCGUGGCCCAUCGUGUGCACCCCAUCCAGACUGACUUCCAGGAGGUCACGGCCUCCAGAGUGACCAUCACCGUGGGAGACAGAAGCUCUAACCUAAGAGGUCCAUGCUCCCCUGCACAGCUGGAUGUCAUUGAGACCUUGCAUCCUGAGUCGCUCAUCAGCUGUCAGCUGCGCUUCAAGCAGGAUGUCUUCGAUUUCCCAGCCCGUGACAUUUUCACUGCAGAGCCGGGUUUUGACACUACUCUGGGCCAGUACCUGUGCUCCGUCAGCAUGCACAGGCUGACGGACAAGCAGCAGAGACACCUGAGCUUGAAGAAGACAGCCCUGGUGGUCACUGCCUCCCUCCCUGGCAGCCACUUCUCCACAGAGCAGGUCGGGGCUGAGGUACCCUUCAGCCCGGGGUUGUAUGCUGACCAGGCUGAAAUCUUCUUGAGCAACCAGUACACUAGCUCUGAAGUCAGGGUCUUCGGUGCUGUGGAGGUCCUGGAGAGCCUGGAGGUGAAAUCCGGGUCCCCAGCUGUGCUGGCCUUUGCCAAGGAGAAGUCUUUUGGGCUGCCCAGCUUCAUCACAUACACAGUUGGCGUCUCAGACCCCACGGCCGGCAGCCAGGGCCCUCUGUCAACUGCCUUGACCUUCUCUAGCCCAGCCACCAGCCAGGCUGUCACCAUCCCAGUCACUGUGGCUUAUGUGAUGGAUCGUCGCGGCCCUGGUCCUUAUGGGGCCAGCCUCUUUCAGCACUUUCUGGAUUCCUACCAAGUCAUGUUCUUCACGCUCUUCGCCCUGCUGGCUGGGACAGCUGUCAUGAUCAUAGCCUACCACUCUGUCUGUGCACCCCGGGAGCUCGCCAUGUCAUCAGCCCUCACACCCCGCACCAGCCCACAGCACAGCCCUCACUAUCUUGCUACACCAUCAUCGAUGACCUCUGUCACCUCGCUGCCUCCUGGUCGCAAAGCCAGCCCUCCCUCGGGGCUCUGGAGCCCAGCCUAUGCCUCUCACUAGCCAAUGCCCAGGGGCUGCACACAGACAGCCCCAAGGCCAGGGACACCGCUGCCACAGAUUGAGCCCCUGGAAACCCUAGUCCUAGUCCUGAUAGCUGCCCAUGUGUUGGUGGAGCUGGUAGUUAGGUUGUGCUCAUGAGCUUAGAUGUAGGGGCCUAAACAUGAUUGAUUUCCAUGCUACCCCCCCGCCCCGGCCGGCUGCACUGUGCAUGGCCGAGCGGGAUUUCUGGAUGCCGUGCAGUCCUAGUGCUGCUUUCCUAGCGGCAGUGAAGCGCUAAUCAAAAGCCGCAUGUUUAUAUCUUAUGUCACCUCUGGGUGACGCUUCUGUUGUGCUCUCAGGGAAAGGAUUUUCUAGUUAGUUUAGGAGCUUUUUAUAUUGCUUUCCCUCACAAAACCUCUCUUUAGGCUGCUAUGGCUCUUGGGACAGGGUAGAGAGGGCAGACUCCUGGAAUAUCUCCAUUGCCCCCACUGCACGGGAAGAAGCCUCAGGAACUCGGCACCACGAAGUCCCUCCACACUUAGCCCCAGAGCAGCAGUCAAGUCCUACGGGCUGCCCUGGCUUUGGGCUACAGCCAAGAAGACCAUCUUCCAUGUUUAUCUCAUAAACGUCUGGUGUCCUGAGUGGGAGCCCUAUACUGUGCCUGGCCUGGUCUCCGUCACCAGUUUCUCAUCCAUAAGAAGUGUCCUGGGCUGGCAGUAGGGGUCUUCUUUCUGCCUCGAGCCCUCCCGGUCUCACCCUGUGCCCGUGUGCUCUCAGAACCAGUGUUCCUCCCCGGUUUCUGUGCCCCCGCAGUUCUGAGCCACUCCCCAGCCCACAGGGCCCUAGGCAGCUAAGCAGGGAGGACAGCAGGGGCCUGCCCUCCCAGCAGGUUAAUUCCUCUCCCCAGUGCCCUGUCCAGGAUCUGAGCCCCUUGGACUGCGCAGUCUGCUCAUCUGAGCCAGGUUGGGUUGCCCUCGGGGACCUCUCAGGGUCCCAUGGCCCAAGCCCACCACGUCUGCACACCACGCUCUCAGAGAGACCAUGGUCAGGGUUCAGUGCGAGUUCGCUUCUGUUCUUGGGCUGGGCCAUGGCUCCUGGUGAAGCUGGAGAGGGAAAACUUGUGCCUUGCCUGUUACUUGAGCUCACACUGACACCCUGGAUGUAGGAGGAGCUUUUCUACCUGGUUGUUUAAUAAAGCUCCGUGUCUUUUCUUAA